GCUGAGAGACGCCGGGUGGGCGCCUCCUCACACAGCUGACCGGGAGCAGUGAAGUCGUACUUGUUGAUCUCCGUCGGUGCGGAGCUGGACGGAAUGCGGACAGGAGGAGCAGCGGCGAGGAGGAGCAGGAGGUGGUUGGUGAAGGAGGAGGAGGAGGCGACAGGAGAUGUGCUGAAGAUCUGUGCCAUGCCAGGCAGAGGAGGAGGAGGUGGAUUGGGUGAGACCCUGCCAAUAACAAACCAAUAACGGCGCCUGCUUCUUUUUGAACGCUUCGGUUUCUGCAGCGGAUCGAUUGUCGAUACGUGCGUCCUCUGCGCAGCAGGAUGACACCAACUCCACACGAUACAGUAAUGAAAGAAGACAGGACCUCCUGGUGUCCGUAGCUGUGGAUGUUUGCCAGUUUCAUUACCUUAAUCACAUCAUGGAGUUACACAAAGCUGGUUCCCGGUCAACAUCAUCGCUUCCACCUGAGCCGGCGGAUAUUAUUCGUAGUAAGGGGUGUUUCCGCAGAGUCAGGCUCAAUGUUGGGGGUCUCCCUCAUGAAGUCUUGUGGCGAACUUUAGACAGACUACCACGAACCCGUUUGGGAAAAUUAAGAGAUUGCAACAGUCACGAGUCUCUGAUGGAGGUGUGCGAUGACUACAACCUGGAUGAAAAUGAGUACUUUUUUGACAGACAUCCGGGAGCGUUCACGUCAAUUCUGAACUUUUACCGCACAGGUAAGCUGCACAUGAUGGAGGAAAUGUGCGCCCUGUCAUUCAGCCAAGAACUGGACUACUGGGGCGUCGAUGAGAUCUACCUGGAAUCAUGUUGCCAGGCGAGAUACCACCAGAAAAAGGAGCAGAUGAAUGAGGAGCUCAAAAGAGAGGCAGACAAUUUAAAAGACAGAGAGGGAGAAGAGUUUGACAACACCUGCUGUGCAGAAAAAUGCAAGAAACUUUGGGACCUCCUUGAAAAGCCCAGCUCAUCUGUUGCAGCAAAGAUCCUGGCGAUCAUCUCCAUCCUCUUCAUCGUGCUAUCCACCAUUGCCUUGUCUCUGAACACUCUGCCAGAGCUGCAGGACACAGAUGAGUUUGGCCAGUCCACAGAUAACCCACAGCUGGCUCAUGUAGAAGCUGUAUGUAUUGCCUGGUUUACCAUGGAAUAUUUGCUCCGCUUCCUGUCCUCCCCCAACAAGUGGAAGUUUUUCAAAGGCCCUCUAAAUGUCAUUGACCUGUUGGCCAUCCUGCCAUACUAUGUCACCAUCUUCCUCACAGAAUCCAACAAGAGUGUACUGCAGUUUCAGAAUGUCCGUCGUGUGGUUCAGAUUUUUCGGAUCAUGCGGAUCCUACGCAUUCUGAAGUUGGCUCGGCAUUCCACAGGACUUCAGUCGUUAGGCUUCACCCUUAGGAGGAGCUACAAUGAGCUAGGACUACUGAUACUCUUCUUGGCCAUGGGCAUCAUGAUCUUUUCAAGUUUGGUUUUCUUUGCUGAGAAAGAUGAAGAAGACACAAAGUUUAAAAGCAUCCCAGCUUCUUUCUGGUGGGCUACUAUUACCAUGACAACCGUAGGUUAUGGAGAUAUCUACCCAAAAACACUCUUAGGAAAGAUAGUAGGUGGAUUAUGCUGCAUAGCUGGAGUACUAGUUAUAGCCCUACCUAUUCCCAUUAUUGUAAAUAACUUCUCAGAAUUCUAUAAGGAGCAGAAGAGGCAGGAGAAGGCACUUAAACGAAGGGAGGCCCUGGAGAGAGCAAAGAGAAAUGGCAGCAUUGUUUCUAUGAACUUGAAAGAGGCUUUUGCCCGCAGUGCAGAACUGAUGGAUGUGGUUAUAGAGAAGUGUGAAAGGCCACAAGACAACCACCUCUCUCCAAAUCGCUGGAAGUGGACACCCAAGAGAGCUGCAUCAGAGAUGAGUUCCAACCGUUCCUUGAACACCCAGGAGUUAGGAUCUCCUCACAAAACCCGAACAACUAGUCCCCAGAGGCUAAAUGUUCAGAAACUAGAGGAGAUGUAUAACCAAAUGGCCAAGACACAAUCCCAACCAAAUCUCAAUUCUAAAGACAGAGGCUCCAAAAUUGGCAGACAGAGGGAUGAAAUAGAGUUGGGGGCCAUCCAAAAUCAUGGACCAUCAGUAUUUGGAGCCAGGGAUGGAGUGGUAGAUAUGAAAAGCUUGUCCAGCAUUGACAGUUACAUCAGUUGUGCUACAGACUUUCAAGAAAAUCCUCGCUUUCCCCAUAGUCCUGCAAUAGAUCUUGGUCAUCAAGAAAACAAGCAGUUAACAAAUCCUGUUGCAACUUUGACUGGGCAGCCCAGUGCAAAAACAGGAGUGCCAGCUAGUAAAGGCCGCAAAUCCUUGCUCACACUUAUGUCUGUAAUGAAAUCCUCAUCCCCAGAGAAUGCACAACAAUUCUUCUUGUCUGGCACCUCCUCCAAAAGCCUUACCUCAAAAGGUGGUUGCUGCAGUCAGGGGGAGUCAAGGCCAUCGCAUCUGUCAGACAGUUCAGCCCUGUCAGACCACUCGCUGCUAAGCCCUGAGGUGUCUAUCUACACCACUGCCAGCAGCAGGACCCCUCCAAAGUCCCCAGAGAGCACUACACUUGCCCCAAGCAUUUUCACCUUCCAUGACUCAUCCAUCAGCAAAUACAUCGAUGCUGAUACAGAUGAUGAUGAGCAUCUCCGUGAUGUCUCAGAUGCCAGUCCCAGGCAGCAUCUGUUAGCUGCUUCAAGUCCCAAAUCCAGCAUCAACAUCAAUUAUCAAAGAGGUACCAAUCACUUAGAAGCAGCCCAGAAAAUUCUAGGCCAGAACUGUUUGUUCCCUCUUGAAGGGAUACGUGGAGUUGCUCAUGAAAAUCAUGUGGGACCUGCGAUGGCACGUAGACAGAAAGGGGAGAGAGGAUACCAUCCAAAUACUCUGGAUAAAAGCCUCUGAAGGACAAGAAGUGCAAGGCGAACAGGAAGCUAGAGCAGGACUGAUUAUGGUAGAGAGACCAGAAGGACACAACACUCUGAGCCAGAGAGAAAAGGUGAGAUGGGUAAACCAAACUGCUUCACAAACAAUUUGAGCAUGCCAUGUGGCAAUAAGCUCAGGGUGAGUUCAUGUGGCGAAUCGUUUGGAGGAAAAACACUUUUACACAGGAGAAUGUCACUGCCCCUCCUUCAACUCAUUCCUAUUAGCGGCAUGCCAUGCCCA